CGCCCGUCGUUGUCAGUACGGUCUGCGAUUUUCGCAUAAUUUAGAUAAAGUAAAAUCUUUAUUAAAAAGUACAAAAAAAAAAGUUGUUCUAAAAAUGGAAGAAAUAGAUGGGUUUCAGGAGUCGAUGAAAGAAAAAUAUGUACGGGUGAAAGAACUGAUCGACAUCAAACACACCAAAGAUCCUGAUGAUGAACCUUACAGAUCCAAAUACCUGGCAAGGGACAUCCUCAAAGAGAUGGAAACUUCAAUAAAAGAAAGAAACGAAUGCGGGAUAAAAGAGAAAUCUAUGUUGACGGCGGUUUACACACUUCUUGGAACAAUAUGCAUGGAUGUCGACGAACCAGUUUCUGGAGAAGAAUACCUCCAUAAGAGCCUCAAGUUAGUCGAAACUGAAGAGUGCAGCGAUUAUUUUAUUCUUUCGACACUCUGCACCUUGAACCAAUUGGCGCUUUUGUACUCGAUGAGGCAGGAGGAUGAGAAAGCCUUAGUCUAUCUCGAAAGGGCGGACAAUCUUUAUAAUGAGUACAAGGAGCUCAAAACGGUCUCCCCUCUUGGCUAUCAUUUCUUGUUCACCAAUGACAAAGACACUUGCGAUGAGAAGGGCAAGGAGAUGUUCGAAAAGACCCAUACGCUCACAUUCUAUUACAUGGCACAGGUGUUUAAAGCGAUGGGCAAUACAAUAGAAUCGGCUGUCUUUUGCCACAACACGCUGAGGAGGCAGCUCGAGACGAACGACUACGAUAAGAUUGAUUGGGCUCUCAAUUCGGCCUCUCUGUCGCAGUAUUUCACAGAGCAGAACGCCUUCAAAGAGGCGAGACAUCACCUUGCCGCAGCCUCUUACAUGCUCAGCCUUAAAAAAAAAGAACUAGAUGAUAUUGUUGACAAAAAUGAAGAAUACGAAGCGAGUCUUGAACAGUAUAAUCACAGGAAGAGUGAUGUCUACAGAUGUUGGAUUAAGUACUGUUUGAGUCUACUCAGCAGAUCUAAAGACAGGCUGAUGGCUUCUGACGAGGAUGGGGCGAACGUAAUUAAAGUGACACCAGCCUCCCUUAUCAACAAGAGAUUUCCAUCAUUACAAAUUGACGCAAAUGAAAAUAUGGUAACAGCCGAUUAUCUGUUGACUUAUUACGAUGCAAAGCCUGUCGUCCUGUUUGCUCAAAGCUGUGUUAACAAAGCGACAGAGUAUUACACCCUGGAAGACCAUGCUUCCGAUUAUGUUCUCAUAAUCCAGGAUUCUAGUCAACUCUAUCUGUUCCUUGCCUUUUUCGAGGAGGAUGAAUCAAAGCAAUGCAAACUGCACAAAAAGCGCAAAGAUCUUUUGAUGAAAACAGUUUCAGAAUUAAACGAAACUUAUUACUUAGAUGUAUGUCGUGAACUUUGGCUGGAACUGGGCUUGAUAUGCUCAUCUAUUGCUGAAAUCAAGUCAUUGCAGUUUUCUCAAAACAGUUCAGCACAUACAGCGACAAAAUUGAACAAUACUUUACAGGUUUCUUUAAACUUUUUGUUGAAAUAUAUAAACUCUUUUAUCAACAAAAGGACUAACAAAAUGCCGGAUAGAUUCCCGCUUGAAUACGAGAGAGACGCCCUCAUGGCACAUUUGUGCACGGCGCAGGCUUACUCCAAGUUUGUGAACUGCGAUAAGAAUAAAAUCAUAGAUUAUACCAAGCAGAGUUUACAUUAUUACCAAGCCAUCGUUAAUUAUUGCAAAGAGUAUCCGGAUUCAACGAAGGGCUUCCAAGCAGAGUUGGGCAUAUGCAAGGAUAUGGUCACUCUCUUGCCCGUCAAAAUGAAUAAACUGGCUUUGCAAGGGUAGAAUUCGAUAAACUUUAUUGGUUCAAUAUAACAUUAUGUAUUUAUAACUACUUAUAGAUUAUUUAUUUACAUUGUUUAUACGUAUAGUUAUUAUGGAUGAACAUAUUUAAUUUUUACUACUCUCUAUAGUGAUAAUUGUUCUUUAUAAUUAUUGCAAUAUAACAUUGAAAAA